AAGUUGCACGCCUCAACAUUCUUCAACUCCAUAGUAACUCGUCAAGCAACUCUUCAGAUGCCAAAACCUGCUGAUGUGAUGAUAGCCGUGCCAGUUUACCAGCAGCACCAGUAUGAAGUCGCCAAGUUCCUGAAGAUUAAGCCUGCAGCUUUGGGGAUUUUGGAAAUAUUUAUAUCAUUACUGGGACUCGGUUUGACGAUCUGGAAUGUUCAUUAUUCUCUCCUCUGGUCACCAGUCAGCUUCUUUUUAACUGGAGCUCUAACAGUCUCGGCUGCAAACUCACAUAAACCAUGUAUGGUCAGAUGCUCACAGAUCCUCAGCUAUUUUAACGCUGCAACAGCUGUUAUCUCCUUUCGCUUUCACUUUUUUGUUAGAGGUGUGACCUGCUUUCUCCUCUUGGCGUGUGAUAUUAUGAUCUUCAUCUUCUCUAUGGCUGUUGCCUUAACCUUUUGUCCCUGCUGCUGCAAUCCAAAGUCCAGGCAGGCUAUGGUCAGUUAUGUGAAUCAGUCAGAUUUGCCUGUCAACCAUAUUGUGCUAACAAGCCAGUCGGAUUCCUCUGCAUUGGCGCAGCCUUUUAGUUCAGCCUUGUACAAUCAGCAAUCUCUGCCGAACUGCGGGCCGGUCCCCAGCGCAUCUCAACCAAACUACAGUCCAGUACCAAGAACACCUCCACCACCCUACAGCCAAGUUUCAGCUGCUCAUCCACGAAACUAUGGUCCAAACCCAAAUACUCCUCCACCUGCAUAUGAGAUGACCAGAUGAACCAGACCCCAGAUCCAAAUGAAGAUGUUUGACUUUUACACACUUGCUGGCACAGGAUGAUGGUGAAUGGAAACAAGAAACGAUACUUAACUUGUAAAUAACUUAUAAAUAAUUGUAAUGUUACAGUAAUAAAUUAUUUUGGAAAAAAGAAAAUCUAUGAAUGUGUUUUGAAUACAUGUUGUUAAAUGCUGAAUUUUUACUAACAAAAUACUAAAAUAUACAGUAUGUUAUAAAAUAAUACAUUACA